AUGUUGCUGUUUCUCACUGUGCUCAUCAUCCCCUCUGAGUGGAUACCCUUAGGGGUCAAUGGGCAGCGGGGAGAUGAUGUGACCCCUGUGACUCCAGAACCAUUCACAGAAGAUCCAAAUCUGGUAAAUGAUCCCUCUACAGAUGAAACAGUUCUGGCUGAUAUCGAGCCUUCCACAGAUGACCUGGCCUCGUCCAAUGACAGAAACGCCACCACAGGCUGCCGAGAUGAGAAAUUUCCUUGCACAAGACUCUACUCUAUAAACCGACCAGUCAAGCUAUGUAUUAAUCAGUCAUGCUUCAACAGUUUACGGCGCGUGUACAUCGUCAACAGGGAGAUAUGCUCCCGUCUUGUCUGUAAGGAACAUGAAGUUAUGAAAGAUGAGAUUUGCCGACAGAUGGCUGGCCUGCCCCCAAGACGACUCCGUCGCUCCAAGUAUUUCCGACUCCCUCCCUGUAAAAAAUUGAAUUUGUAGAAACCCAAUGGUCUGUGA